GCGCUGUCUUAUUUGAUUUAUUGGUGUGAUGUUGUGUUGACAACACACAGACGCCGAUUUAGAUUUGCAGAUACAUGUAAGUUGCCAAUAAAAUUUAGCCAUCAGUCAUCAUGGCUGACCUGGAUACUGACGUUGACCUCCUCCCUAGUAUCAGGCAGCUUGUGUCCAGUGUAGCAACGUCCAUCCAACGGUCAUCUAGCUUAGCAGCAGCUGAGGAUAUGAUGAUCCAUCUGGAAGGCACGGAUGAGAACUUCCAUAGGUAUGAAUUAGUUAAGUAUAUCAAGGGAAGGAUUGAGACUGUGUUAGGUCCUCUCAUCGAGGAGGAGAUCGAGAGGAGAAACCUAGAUUUGCCAAACAGAGCCACUGAGGAAGCAAUGGUUCGAGAUGUGACGGAACGGGUCAUCAAUGAUCAGCUGUGCACGGACAUGAUGCAUUCGUUGAAGGUCAGCACCCGUAGUGCUGUAGAUCGCCUGAUUCAUGCAUAUGAUGACGACAAAAGGCAGCGGACCAGUCAAGGUUCUUAUGCCCCAUCUUACCGGUAUCCAGAGAGGACCACCAAUAGUUUGAACCCCUCCAGUGGUGAUGAUGAAUCCUCACUAGAUGACUCCUUUAAUCAGAGCUCUUUCAUGUUCAUGAACCAAGAAGAGUUCACCACUAUUACAGAGAACCUGGACUGCGGUCAGCCCCUUCAGCGGCGUAGGGAUGCCUUACAGACCCUUCUCCAGGUCCCUCCUUCAGAUGUGCUUGCCUGUGAGAACUGGAGCAGGAUGAAGAAGGGACUGGUAGCUGCUCUAGCUGAUCCUGAUCAAAUCCUAUCGGAUAGCAGCUUGCGAUUCCAUGCCAGGAUGUUUGGUUCCAACUCCCACAGUGUGAUGAGAGAGAUGUAUACCAAUCUUAUCGAUCAUCUAAGUAAUGAGUUCAAGGUCCUAGGAAGCAAGGGUGGUAUGGCAGUGCAGUAUGGGAUAGACGCUACUCAGAACCCUGCCCAGAAGCUUUUACGAAGGUUCCGUCUCGUCAACGAGUUCCAGCUCGAGAUACCCAAAUAUUGGAUCAGAUUUCCUGACAAAUUUCUUCAGGAUCUGACCGAUACAUCGCUCAAUUUCCUUGUUAUGAAGCCAAGUAAACCUUCUGGGGCCAUCACACCCAUGCACUACAUAGCAUUGCUGGACCCUAAAGCACUCUGGUUCAAAAAGUGGAUGCAUGGACAUUACAGCAGGACUGUAAUUCUUGGUCAUCUCAAGGAGAGAAAUACUCUGCUUGUGAAUGCGGUAACCCAAUGUUUAGACUUUGUAGAUUCCCGGGCUGCUUGGCUGGACUCCGUGAAUGAUCUCUCUGAUCGCUUCAACAUGAGCACACUCGAUUCUUCUCGUAGAACUUCAUACACUGAGAAGGAGCUUGAGUUCCUGGUCUUCAUUCAAUCUCUGUCUAUCCUUGGUAGACUUCUAGUCUAUGCUAAUGGCAGGAAACUCUUCCCCAUCAAGGCAUGUGGCAAAGAAGUGACUCUAACAGGGCUUGUGAGGAGUCUAUUGCCAUUGAUAACCAAGAGGUCAUUCCAGGUCAACAUGCCUACUGAUACUGGUGCUCCUAGCCCAGCGAUGCUUGUUACCGAGAUGUUGAAGAUCAUUAGCACAGAUAGGGCAGCAUGUGUGGAAUGCCUCUGCAAAGAUGAGGUGGUCUCAGACAUUCUCCAACCUGUCAAUGACUGGCUCCACAAGGAUCAGCCAUCCAGUGAUCUGACAAUGCUGUGUGUAGCCGAGGUACUAUCGGCCAUGGCCAGCUGGGAGACUGGCACUAAACUUCUACUCUAUGGAGAAAAUGGCUCAACAUUCCAACAUACUCCGACUGCUGCUGUGCAUAUCAUCUCUGAGUUCUGCAACAGGGCCAUGGACCAGCCCAUAGCCACAGAGUUCCAGACCCAGCCUUCUAGGCCAGUCAUAGGGGUCUUCUUGUACGUGUGCCGUCAGCUCUACAGUACCUCUGAAGGUUUGCUGAUACUCCAUCCAUACGGCCUUCACCAUUCGGUGGCAAAUGCUUGGAGAGAGGUAAGCCGAGAGGUUGAAAUGGGUGACACACCUGUUAUGGAGCAAUCCGAUGUCACCCCUGAGAAUAUGGCUGCCAGAGAUGCCUUCAUGUGGGAACAAAAUCUCCUUGACAACCUUCUCAACUUUGCUGGGACUCCAAAGGGCAUGCUCCUACUCCAGCAGACAGGUGUAAUCAAUGAAUGUGUGGCUUACAUGUAUGGUAGAUACACUAAGAAACUUCAGGUGAGCAAGAUGGAGAAGUUUGGUUAUGGUACCAUGGUAACGCAGGUAUCAGCUACUGCUCCUGGGAUGGUUGCCCUUCAGAGCUCUGGUGAGUACACCCCUCCCACCCCCACACUCAAACACACCCACCCAUUUUCACUGUGACUCUCCUUGUUUACAAAGGAUAUUGUGCAAAUUUUCUGUAGAGAAAAUUAUGACACUUAUGAAUUUCCAUAUAAUAAUAAUA